AUGGGAAACAUGCCUUCUGCCAUGGUCAACCGCGACCCACCCAAAGUGCACCGCACCCUUUGCGGGCUGCGAUACGACAACCAAUUCGCAUUCGCUUCGUCCAAGCCCGAGGGUCUGACCACCACCUGCUUCAACGAUGUGGUGCUCGAACCGCUGGCAACAUGGGUGUUGCUGUUGGUGCUGCUGCCCUUGCUGGCCGUGACGCUAAAGCGCAGGCGAUCGAGCUCCAGCACCACUUCAGGCCUGAUUCACUAUCGCUCCGCUGCCUACCGCAACGAGAGCAAGUUCAGUGGCAGACACACCAAGUGGCGCACCGGCCUCGACGUGCUCUACAUGCUGCUGGUCGUUGCAGCGCUUCUGAUGAACAUCCUGCAAAUCGUAAGGCUAGCGCUGGCCAAUCGAGGCGUUGGUCUUCUGCCCUUCAACCUCGCUGGCAUUCUCAUCGUGCUCGUUCUCAUGCACUUGCGCACUUCGAGCCCCAUCGCAGUCAGCUUGACCAUCGUCGCCUUCUGGUCCAUGUUGCUCACCUUCACCUCGGUCUCCCUCGGCGGGUUCAGCAAGCUCGUCGGCGUCGAGGACCGCCUUGGCACCGAAUACCUGCUUAGCGACGAGAUGAUCGACGUGGGAGUCCAAGUGGGUCUCUACGCUGUCUUUUGGAUCGUCGAAGUCGUCCGACUGGUCAAGAGUGUUUUCGCCGCCCGCUCCGAGUCUAGAGGCAACGCGAGGUUGCACGAGCUCAACAACGAUUCGGCCACCAUGCAAGACAAGGAGGCGGCGCACGCAGUCUAA